GUAGAAACAUAGGCGGAGCCAAGCAAGUGACAGCAUACAGAUAACUUUGUUAGCUAUCUGCUAACUUUGCUCCAUCGUCUGUUUGGCAAUGUUACUAGCUUGAAGCAGCACACCAGAAGUCCUCGAAAAGCGUUUUACAGAAUGGAGUGCCAUGAAGAUGAUGAUGGAGACUUGUGCAAAUGGGCCAGUUUAGUGCUGGUAAACAGCAAAAAUGACAUCAGAGCACGAGUGCAACAGUUUGUGGAGGAGAGGAUGCAGACCACCAUGCUCACAGGUGUACUGAUUGGAGCUGCUGUCGCAGUCUCACUGAUUGGGAUUGUGGUGCUCUUCCUUUACAGGAGAUUCAAGCUCGCUCGUGAAAAACAGCCUGGUGUACCUCAGUAUCGCUUCAGAAAACGAGAUAAAGUGCUCUUCUAUGGAAGGAAGAUAAUGCGAAAGGUCCAGACGCUGUCCUCGAUUCCUCCUCCCACCUCUACCUCAGUAUCAAAGCAACCACAACGCAUACGCAAAAGAACCAAAGUUCUGAGCAUAGCUCGCAAAAUCCUGAGGAUCUGUAAAGAUCCUCCCACCCUGCAGCCCAAGGAACCUCCUCCCUCCGUGCUGGAAGCUGACCUAACAGAGUUUGAUGUGCAGAGCUCAAACCUGCCCUCCGAGGUCCUCUACAUGCUGAAGAAUGUCCGGGUCUUGGGUCAUUUUGAGAAGCCCUUGUUCCUAGAGCUGUGUCGCCACAUGGUGUUUAUCGAGCUGCAGGAGGGUGAAGGUUUGUUCAAACCAGGAGACGAUGACGAUAGCAUCUAUGUGGUCCAGGAUGGACGACUCGAGCUCUGCAUCCAGGAGAACGACGGUACAGAACCAGUAGUGAAGGACGUGCACCCAGGAGACAGCGUCCACAGCCUGCUCAGUAUUCUCGACAUCAUCACUGGUUAUCCAGCUCCAUAUAAGACUGUAUCAACACGGGCUGCAACUCGCUCCACCAUCUUACGUUUACCUGCAUCAGCCUUUGAAUCUGUGUUUAAGAAAUACCCAGAGACACUUGUUCGUGUCAUUCAGAUAAUCAUGGUGCGUCUCCAAAGAGUCACCUUCUUGGCAUUACAUAACUAUCUGGGCCUAACAACUGAGCUCUUCAAUCCGGACAGUCAGGCGGUGCCGUUGUCCAAUGUAAACAGUGUGAUGGGAGAGGCGAAUACUGGGAAGACUAUUCGUCGUUUGCACUUCCAGGACGAGUUAUCUGCUGGGACCACGGAGAGCCCCACAGAGACAGAUGGUGUAAAGGACAGCCCUUCAAACAGCUAUAGGAAGCAGCGAUCAAUCUCAAUGCCCACUGACUGCGCAGGUCUUGACCUGAACAUGGCUUGUGAACGAGCUCGAGUCACUAUAGAUGAGGCUCCAUCCAGUCCAGUCACUCAGAAUCAGAAUCAGUCUCACAAAUCCAGUCUGAAGAAGUGUGUGACAAUGCAGCAGACACCCUCUGAAGUGUUUCACUACACAGACAGUGGGGGGCACUCUGAUGCCGUCCACCUCAGUAAGAGCAGCAUAAUCCUCCAGGCUGCUAAGAAGGACCUGCUGGGAAUCAUCCAGCUGCAGGACCCCAGUCUACUUGAGGGCAGAGUGACCCUCCAUCAAGUCAAAGCUGGUUCUGUGGUGGCUCGUCAGGGAGACCAGGAGGUGAGCAUCCAGUUUGUGAUUUCUGGCCUCCUACAUGUUUACCAGCGGAUGAUCGACCGUGAAGAAGAGACGCGUCUGUUUGUGACGUACCCUGGAGAGCUUGUCGGUCAACUUGCUGUCCUGACCGGAGAGCCCCUCAUAUUCACUGUUCGAGCCCAGCGAGACUGCAGCUUCCUCUCCAUUUCCAAAACCCACUUCUAUGAGAUAAUGCGUGUGGAGCCAAAGGUGGUGCUAAAUGUUGCUCACACAGUGGUGAGGAGGAUGUCAUCUUUUGUCAGACAGAUAGACUUUGCUCUCGACUGGAUGGCUGUGGAAGCUGGCAGGGCGGUCUACAGGCAGGGAGAGAAAUCAGACAGUACGUUCAUAGUGCUGAGUGGUCGACUGCGCUCGGUAAUCAUGAAGGAGGAUGGCAAGAAGGAGCUGAUAGGAGAGUAUGGACGCGGCGACCUGAUUGGAGUGGUGGAGGCGCUGACCCAUCAGAACAGAGCCACCACAGUGCACGCUGUACGAGACUCUGAGCUGGCCAAGUUACCAGAAGGAGCUCUCAGCUCCAUCAAGAGGAAGUUCCCUCAGGUUGUCACCAGGUUGAUCCACCUACUAGGACAGAAAAUCCUCCAGCAGGUCAAUGGUCCUCUGACAGCUCGCAGUUUGGCCCUCCACACCCCCGGUAGUAAGUGGGAUGCAGGGAACCAAGCCUCCAACCUCUCCACUGUGGCAGUCCUGCCCGUAUCAGAAGAGGUACUUCUCACUGCCUUUACCCUGGAGCUGCAGCAUGCACUCAUUGCAAUAGGUCCCACUCUUCUGCUGACCAGUGAUAUUAUCAAACAGCGACUUGGAGCUGCAGCACUAGACAGUGUCCAUGAGUACCGUCUGUCCAGCUGGCUGGGCCAACAGGAAGACAUCCAUCGCAUAGUUCUUUACCAGACGGAUUACACACUGACCCCGUGGACACAGCGGUGCAUCCGUCAGGCCGACUGCAUCAUUAUUGUGGGACUAGGAGAGCAGGACCCUGCUGUUGGGGAGCUGGAGCGUAUGUUGGAAGGAAGUGCAGUGCGUGCCCAGAAGCAGCUGGUGCUGUUGCACAGAGAAGACGGCCCCCCACCCAAAGGAACUGUGGACUGGCUCAACAUGCGAAGCUGGAUCUCAAGACAUCUCCACCUCUCUUGUCCCCGAAGGGUCUUCUCUAAGAGGAGCCUGCCCAAACUGUUGGAGCUGUAUCAACGUGUGUUCGAGAAGCCAGCAGAUCGGCACUCAGAUUUCUCCCGCCUGGCUCGAGUCCUCACUGGCAAUGCUAUUGCCCUUAUUCUGGGAGGAGGAGGGGCCAGGGGCUGUUCCCAGGUGGGGGUAAUGCGAGCAGUCUGUGAGGCUGGCAUCCCAGUGGACCUCAUUGGCGGCACCUCUAUUGGUUCCCUGAUGGGGGCGCUAUAUGCUGAGGACCGUAGCCACAGCCGCAUGAGGAUGAGGGCCAAAGAAUGGGCAAUGGAUAUGACUUCAGUGUUUAAGAAGGUUCUGGAUUUGACGUAUCCAAUCACCUCCAUGUUUUCUGGCGCUGCCUUCAACUCCAGCAUCAGCAAUGUCUUCAAGAGCAAACAGAUUGAGGACCUUUGGAUCCCGUAUUUCAAUAUCACAACUGACAUCACUGCUUCGGCCAUGAGAGUACACACUGAUGGUUCUCUGUGGCGGUAUGUUCGUGCCAGCAUGUCUCUGUCUGGGUAUCUGCCUCCUCUCUGUGACCCCAAAGACGGACACCUGCUGAUGGAUGGAGGUUACAUCAACAACCUGCCAGCUGAUGUAGCUCGCUCCAUGGGGGCCAAAGUAGUGAUAGCUAUUGACGUGGGUAGCCGGGAUGAAACCAACCUCACUAAUUAUGGCGACUCGCUCUCAGGCUGGUGGCUGCUAUGGAAACGCCUCAACCCCCUAGCUGAGAAAGUAAAGGUCUUGAACAUGGCUGAGAUUCAGACUCGGCUGGCUUAUGUGUGCUGUGUUAGGCAGCUGGAGUCUGUGAAGAACAGUGACUACUGCGAGUACAUCAGACCUCCAAUCGACAGAUACCGUACACUGGAGUUUGGCAAGUUUGAUGAGAUUGCUGAGGUGGGAUACCAGCACGGAAAGACUGUGUUCGAUGUGUGGGGUCGCAGUGGAGUGGUGGAGAAAAUGAUGAAAGACAGACACCAGGAGGAGUUUCACAACACUCAAAGCAAGAACAAUGUGGUGACGUGUCCCAAUGCUUCCUUUACUGACCUGGCAGAAAUUGUGUCCCGCAUCGAGCCUGUGAAACCUGCUGUGGUGGAUGAGGAGUCAGACUACCACACUGACUAUGAAGAGGAGGCAAUGGAGAGCGCUCUGUCUGACAUGGAGCUAUACAAUCGCUAUGGAGAGCACACUGAAGGGGAGGAGACUGCUGACACGGAUGAAGAGCUGGAGGGGAGACGUGCACAGCACAUUACCUCACUCACCGACAGCCACCCUCAGUCUCCCACCGUAUCUGACAGUUCACUGGACAUACCGUCGAGCCAGGAAGUCCUUUCCAAACAGUCCAUUAACUGAAGACCGGUCUAAUGAACUCUGCCCCUGCAGGUCAUCACAAUUUAACCUACCUGUCUUUGCGACAUUUUACCCUCCAGUCUGUCCCACGUGACUCAAGACCUGUUCCCUGCCCCUGAGACUGUCAGCAUGACUGUGAUGACCAUUUUGCCCUCUGUAACCUGGCCUCGUUAGCUGUGUGGCUGACAUAACAAAUGGACGCUCCCUUAAAAAAAAAAAAAAGAAUACAGGCAGCUAGUUUCACAUUUAAUCAGCUGCAAGUCUUAUGCAUUCCUGUUAUAGAAGACAGCUGCAAGUCUAGUCUUUUCUCAUAUUGAGAUAGUCAAGGUUACUUUAUGUUGCUUUACAUGAGUCAUACCAGUCCAGUGGAAGAUAGAAGGAAGGACAGGUGAGGAGAUACUAUUUCCAUGAAAUAUUUUUUACAUGAUAACCAGAUUUGAGAUAGUUAUCACCUAAAUCACAAAAUAACUUGUAUUUCCACUUCUGUUAUAUAGACACGCAGAUUGUUUUGACAUGAUUUUCCCAGGUUUUGACAUGUCUGUCUCUGAGAUUUCUGCCAAAUACAGCAUUGAAAGAUUACAUAGAUAGAAGGAAAAAAAAUUCACACAAUUAUGGUUAUUUUUCUGACUUUUCGCUAAUUUUGCCCUUUUCUGUUUGAAUUCUGCUAUUUGCACCUCCUCAGGCCACUAAAAAUCCUUCAAGUGAGUGAGUCCAAGAUGGCAAAAUCACUCGUGCUCACAACACCUCUCCACAGUAAUGCCAUAACCUGUAAUGAGGGGUCACAUUACUUUAUUUUAAAGAAUCACAAGCCAAAAAUGUUGGGAGACACUGAUCUGAAUAAUCUACAGAACACACUGUCAACAGUUUUCAUUGGGUCUGAUUCCUCAGUAGAACGUGGAUCCAGUGCAAACUGUUGACAGUGUGGUCUGUGGAUUGUCCUGAGUAUCUGCGACACUGUUUCUGAUGAGAGAUAUGUUCAAUGGUGUGAGCAUGACGAACGAAAUUCCAUCCACCUCACUUGUAUUUGGAGCUGCAGAAAUCUCAGAAACUGAGAUUUUGAAACUUGUGCAAAUAAAACCAAAACUAUCUACAUGGCUAGAUACCACUAGAGGUAAGUAAGACAAAAACACUCAGGAGAUGCAAAUCCCUGCCACGCUGGCAGUCGAGCCAAGCCAGCACAUGUAUAUGGAAAAGGGCUAUCAGUGGCCACUUUAUCAGGUAAACCCGUCCAAUACAACAUGACAUCUUUACAGAACUAAUAAUGUUCAGUUUUUGGUGACAUUGUCGGAAAUGUGUAAAUUCAAUUAUGUUUAUUACUGAGGUCAUAGUUAAAGGUUGUUAUAUUGUUUCUAGUUUUUUGUUGGCCCUAUUUAUGUACAUCGGGGGCAGAAUAUUAGAAACACCUCUGAAUAUAAUGCAGUCCAGCACAACACCAUCAUUAACUGUGACCGCAAUGCUAAAACAUAUAAUUUAGUUAACACCUCCUAUGACAGUGCCUGAUUAUAGGCGUCAUAGAAGUAGACUUUAUGGCAGAACAGUUGUUUAGGAUUGCAUUAGAUUGUACAGGUGUACCUAAUAAAGUGAACACUGAGUGUUUCUGAGCUAAUUACAGUGAACAAUUGCUCUUUCAGUCUACAGACAGUAUGGGCAUGCAAGUGUUGAACUGUUGUAUUAAGAUAGACUUGAACAAAUCUGAACCUAUCCUUUAAUGUUUGUAUUCGAUCUACGUAAUGAUCCUCACCGACACUUGCCCGCCAAACAAGACUAAUUUAAAACCAGAAAGAGAGCAAAACAAGCAAUACCCACAGUGUGCCUGAGACAUGGAGGGAAGUAAUGAUUGCAAUCCACUUCAAAGCACUAGUUUCCCUCUCAGCUGGCGAGACAGCCCCCCCCCAUCUGUUUGCUGGCUUGAAUCUAUCAGACACAGACUGAGCAGCAGACAGUGUGGAUCUGUUAAGUGAACUUGUCUCAGUACAGUUUUUGCACAGGGGCUAUUUGCAGCAGCAGGGCAGUUCUUCACAGGAACAUGUUGUGUAACACAAGUUUUUUGGUCAAAAAACAGUGAUCAAUAGAAUAGUCAAAUAGUCACAGAAGUGAAUAAUUAUAUAUUUUCAUUAUCAAGCCAAGAAUGUAUACAACCUAAGCCCUACAUGAUUUUAAGUCACAACAGCUGGACAAUCAUUCCAGAAAUGCAAUGCAAUGCACAAUUAAACUAACAAAUCGUUAUAUAAGCUUGUUUAACAUACCUCUCUGUAUGACACUAUACCAUUUUUAUACAGUUAACUCAAUCUCAGUCACAACUAGGGCUGCAACUAAUGAUUACUUUCAUUAUCGAUAAGUGUGAUGAUGAUUUUUUCAAUUAACAGAUUAAUUCUUUUGGUCUAUGUAAUGUCAGAAAAUAGUGAAAAAUGGAUAUCAGAGAUAUCAAAGAUAUUCACUUUACUACAAAGUAAUUCCAGGAAAAGCAAGAAAUCCUCACAUUUGAGAAGCUGGAACCAUCAAUGGUUUAAACACAUAAUUGAUUAUCAAACUACUUGGCGAUUAGUUUUCUGUUAAUUGACUAAUAAAUAAACUAAUAUAAGCCGGCCAAUUUAUUAGUCAGACUCUAAUCAUUAGAAUAUCAAUGCAACUUUUUCUGAUUUUAUUUUCUUCCCACUUGAUAUUGCACCCUGUGUGCCUCCCUGUAUGAAGCUUCUGUUCUGUAGCUAAAACUGGUGCUACAGUGCCUGCAGGCUUACAUAUGUAGACAGUAGGAGAAUCAGUGUGAUAAACACUAUGGGGAUCCCAUAUGGUGUUGCGUAAAUGGAGUCUAGACACAGAAUGUGCGAGCAAGGCGGAGAUAGGAAAACAUUUGCUGUUUACCAAUGAGGUAAUGGUGUUUGCACUGGUGUUUUUUUUUUUUUUACUUUUGGGCGGUUUCCAAAAACCGAGCACAAUGAAUUGACAUCUGGCAGAAUGAAUGUUUCACUACUUUAUUAAAUGGGACAUGGUAAUGGAUGAAGUGCUUAUGUAAUAUGUGGAACUUUGCCAUCAAGUUAAUGUAACAAAGCCUUAGAUGACCCAUGUGGAAAAACAACCACUCGUGCCCUCAUUUGGCAUGCCUUUUGAUGAUUAGAGUACAAUAAUGAAUGAAGUUUACCAAUAAGCCUGUACUGUAUGACAUCAGUUACUUGUCUAUAUUUAUGUUAUUUGAUUGUUUUUGAUAAUCUAUUGUUACUAAUAAACCACUGUUUGUUGUGUA